AUGCAAUUGGUGUAACAAUUCUUCUCUUAUUUUAUUAGAUUGGGCUAUUCAAAAUUCAAGCAUUUGUUUGCACAGAUGUUGCAAAAUACCUUUAAUCUUGUAAUUUAUUAAGUGUCAUAUUUAAUUUUAGGGUCAGAAAGCAUUUGUUCAUUAAAUUUUUCUAGUAUUUCCAUUAAAUAAAUAUAAUUAUAUUUGAUGUAAAUUAUAAUUAAAAAAUAUCCGUUAAUAUAUAAUGUAGAGACGUCGAUCAAUUUCAAAGAACAAAAGUUUUGACAGGUAUUUAUUCUUCUAGAUUUCAGAUUAGUUCCAGAAAAAGUGAACUUGGAUGAUUUUUAAUUUCAUAUGGUAGAAGAUUAGUAGAGCGAAUUAAAGAAAGAUUUAGAUCUAAAUGAAAGACUACGAAUGGAAGGUAAUCAGGCAAAAUAUAAUUAUUUUUUGAAAUAGAAUUUAUUUGAGAGUAAAUAACAAUCAAGUUUAUUUGUUUAUUAAAGAUAAGCUUCUAAAUAUAAACCCUAUAUAAUUAAUAAUGAUUGUCUUUCACCUAUAAGAAAAAUAAACAAAACUCCAUAUAAGGUUUUAGAUGCUCCAAAGUUAAAAGAUGAUUUUUAUUGUUAAUUAGUAGAUUGGAGUAUAAGUAAUUAAAUAGGAGUUGCUUUAGAUAAUUCAGUAUACUCAUGGAAUGUUCAAACUGGAGAGACUACAUAAUUAUUAGAAAUAGAAGCUCCUUCAUAUAUUAGUGCAUUGAAAUGGUGUAAUAGAAAUGAAUUGAUGGCAGUGGGUGAUGAUAAUGGUGCUGUUAGAAUUUAUGAUGUUAACAAAGGAACCAUUUUAAAAACAUAUGAAAAUCAUCAUAAAAGAGUUGGUUGUUUAGAUUGGAAUGGUUUAUGUAUUACAAGUGGUAGUGGUGAUAAAACAAUUUUAAUUUAAGAUAUAAGAACUGAAAAUGAUUGUGAAAUAGCAUUACAUUCUCAUAGAUAAGAAGUUUGUGGAUUAUAAUGGAAUUAAAAUGAAUCAUAUCUAGCUUCAGGUGGCAAUGAUAAUAAUGUUAUUAUACAUAAUAUCAGGAUGCCUAAUUAACCUCUUUAUAUAUUCAAAGAUCAUACUGCUGCUAUCAAAGCUUUGGCAUGGUCACCUAAAUAAAAUAAUAUUUUAUGUAGUGGUGGAGGUACAACUGAUAAAUCACUCAAAUUUUGGAAUGUUUCAAAUGGAUUACUUUAAAAUAGUGUAGAUACUGGUAGUCAAAUAUGUAAUGUAAAGUGGUCUUUCAAUACUGAUGAAAUAGUAACUUCUCAUGGGUAAAAUAAUAUGCAUAAAAACAUUUAGUUAUUCUCUUAAUCAAAUUGUAGUUUGGAGAAUGCCAAAAGUAGAGAGAAUUGCUGUUCUUCAUGGUCAUUCUUUAAGAGUGGUUUAUUUAUCAUUGAGUCCAGAUGGAGAAAAUAUUGUUACAGGAAGUGGAGAUGAAACCCUUAGAUUAUGGAAAUUAUUUCCUUAAAAGCAUUAAAAUUCAAUUUCUUCUCGAAAUUCCCUUUUAAACCAAAUAAACUUAGAUAUUAGAUGA